UUAUGCAUUUUAGUCAAAUGAUUUUACUAGCUAUUACUGCUUGCUUUAGAUUGUUGCUGCUAGUGUUAAAGGUUUGAGCAGUGUCAGUGGCCUUGUGUGUGCGUGGGGCAUGUGUGUUGACCCCCAGCAGCUUGGCUGAAAUUUUUGGGGAAGCCUGUUGAUUCCUAAUUGUGUUAUUUGUGUGCUUUUUUUUGUGCGUUUGUGGUUGUUGUAUGAGUAAAUGUUGUUGUGGGUUUGUUUUUGUUUCUUUGGUAAUUACAUUCAUUUGGACUAUAUGUGAUACAGCAUCCUGCCAUACUGCGUGAAAGUGAAGGCUGCAGUCACUGUGUAUUCAUGUCUCUGCAAUAAUGCAUUAAAACUCUAGGUGUUGAGUCUUGAGUGUUAAAUCACUAUUCCACACGACAAUACCCUAGUGUCAUGGUGAGGUUAUUGGUAGGAUAGUGCCGAAGGACCAGGUGUAAAAUACACGGCCCACCACUGGUUAUAUGUAAAUAGUUAUUUCUUUCUAAAUUAUCUGUGAAUGUUAUGUAUAGUCAUUGUUUUCAAUGAAUAGCUUAUAAACCUUUGACUAGUUUAUUACGAACUGUUAUUAUGAACCCAGCCAUCACAUCUUGCGCCACCCACCACCACAGGUAAAAUCUUAACCUUUGGGAGACACUGGAUUUACUGUAACAGAAAGUUGUUUUACGCAUUUGAACAAAUUAAUGAUGUUGUGUCCCUUGUGGUGCAGCUUAUAGGAUGCUUGGAAUGCAGUCAAAAAACUCUUGUGCAGACGAAACAACUAAGAAAAUUGAAAAAGGAAAGUGUCAUGCAGUCUAAUGCGGGUUGUGUGUUAGGAAGGCAACUCUUGGCUGUGGGGAUUUUCUUACCAAUUCUCAGAAAACAAAAAUGUCAUAAAACAGAGCUGUGUUCUUCUGCUUGGGUCCUACUUCCUACAUACAGCCAUUUCCUUACUGAAAGUGGGUUAAGAAGCAACCACACGUUGUAUUUGAAAGCAGCUACUUCCCUCCAUCAUACUGUGAUACAAUACACCUUGUCCAGACUGAAAUAUUACAAAGGCUAUCUGAUGGAUUGUCUUGAGAUUUUGUUUCCCUGAGGGUUACUCCUAAUAACUUGAUUAGCUAGAUUUUUCAAGCACAACUAUCAGGCUGACAUUUCUUUUUCUUAUUUUGCUGUCUUGACAACUAUUAAAUUGAUUUCCGUGAAAUAUGAAAUAGAAAUUCAUCGUCCCCAGAGGUUGAAUCCUAACGACUUUAGUGAUCCCCUGACAUUUCAUGUAGUACCACCAGCAGAUCCAUGUUUCUUCUCAUUGUCAUUGUAUAUUCAAAUGCUGACCUUAGCGUAAGUACUGCCUCACAGAGCUGCUAGCAUGGCCGCAGUCUUGUUUACUUAUUUGUGUAAUGCUGAUGAUGCAAUAUGGGUUAUUUACCCAUCAGCUCAACUUUCAUUUACAAUGUGAGUCACUGUAGACCUGUACUGGACAAAAGGCAGCAAAAUUGAAUCAAGAGCAUUACUCUCUCCCAUUCAAACAGACCACAACACCUUGCAGGGAUUGAGGUUGCAUAAUGUGACAGGAAAUGUGGCCUACUUUUGAGACCUCCCUAUUAUGACACCAUCUUAUCAAAUCACCUUAACUGUAAAGGUGAUAAUAUAAGGUGGUGGUGCACUUUCUGAAAAACCAACAAAGCUUAAGCGACAACAGUCAAUCAGGAUGAUCAUUUUAUGGAUAACAUUGCUUCUUCUCCAUCAGGGAUAUGCACUGAUCUCAGUGAUCACAGUUCAACUUGGCAAACCUGCAACCUUCACAUGUGUUUUACCUGAUUCGGAGUAUAGCAAUACACGAGUCAAGUGGUACAAACAGAGUUUUGGUGAUACUCUUACAUUAAUUGCUACGCUGAUGAAAGGCACUGCAAAUCCCAUUUUUGAAACAGGAUUUCCUCCCUCACGCUUUAAUGCAAACCAUACUACAACCAAGAGCUCUCUGACCAUUUUGAAGACAAUCCAAGAAGAUGAGGCAUUGUAUCACUGUGCAUUCUCUUCCUGGAGUAAGGAUCAGUUUAGUGGCACAUAUCUGUUUUUAAAAGGAAACACUCAGAGGACAUCAAACUAUACUGUUGUUCAGCAGCCGACAGUAUCUGAUCCAGUUCAUCCAGGAGACUCUGUCACUCUCCAGUGUUCAGUCCUCUCUGACUCUGAGAAUAAGUCCUGUCCAGAUGAACACAGUGUGCACUGGUUUGGAGUUAAAUCACAUAAAUCUCAUCCACACAUCAUCUAUACUGAUGAAAAUGGACAUGAUGGAUGUGACAAGAUAUCUGACACUCAGAAGAGUUGUGUUUAUCGCUUCUCUAAGAACGUCAGCUCCUCUGAUGCCGGGACUUACUACUGUGCUGUAGCCUCAUGUGGAGAGAUAUUAUUUGGAGAUGGAACAAAACUGGACAUUGAAGGAACAGGAGCGUGGUCUUUUGGUAUUAUACAGACAGACAAUACAUUUCUACUUCUGCUGUGUGCCGUCUUGUCUAUAAGUGUGAUCGUUAUAGCCGUCCUUAUUUACGCAAUCAAGAAUAACAAGUGUGGUUAUUGCAAUAAUAAAGCUUCUGUUUCCCUGCAAGAAAAUGUUGCAAAAAGAAAUUUAACGAGAGAUGAAGACCCAUGGAUUUAUUCUGCUGUCGUUUUUACUGUGAUGAAAACUGGCAGUGGUGAAACGAGGGAUGCAAAAGCAGUAGAGAGAGAGAGGAUCUACACCGCAGUCAAGGCUUUUGGGUUGGAUUAGCAUGGAUUAGUGGACUGUUUGUGGCUGUUGAUGUUUUUCUGUUAAAGCUAAGGUCUGUUAUUAUUUGUGGAUGUUAGGUAGUGCUGUGCAUAUGAUGGAUAUCUUGACUUAAUGUUUAGUUCUUAUUCUUACGUGCAAAAGUAGUCAAUUAAAUUAAAACAAUGCAUUUUGUUCCAUUUAUGUAACAACUAUGAAUGCUGUAAAACAGUGCUUUGCAUCCAUUUAUACUGCAAUCACACUUUCUGUAUUUUUCAACUAGGUUUCCUCUGAAAACAUUAAUUUAACAUGAAUAUUUCUAAAAAGAUCUAAGUUCUACCAAACUUUGUAAGUAAUUCUGAAUAUGAUGUGGAUCUAAUGUAACGUGUAAUGUGACUGUGAUUUAAGUCACAACUGGAAAGUUCUAUUGUUUUCAUCAUUAAGAGUGGAAGGCAGAGUUAUGGUGCUGGUUAAUGAACUGUAUGACAGGAUAUGCUGCUGCAGUCAUAAUGAAAGAACCAAAAAGUUUGGCCUGUGAUGCCAUUAUGCAGCUAGAGACCA